AUGUCCUUUGUUCAUGCAAAGUGUUCGGUGGAGGAGCGUCGAGAAUUAUGGUGUUCAUUGUUAAAUGAUAAACCUACAAUACAUCCUUGGUGUAUUGGGGGGGACUUUAACGUCAUUUUGGCACCUCACGAAAAACGUGGAGGACGUCCAUUUGCUAUAGCGGAAGGAGCUGAUUUCAUGUCUUUUAUGGAGGAGGCUGGGGUCUUUGAUGUAGGAUUUUCAGGUUCUAGUUUCACGUGGUCUAAUAAUCGGAGGAGUAGAGCUCGGAUUUCAAAAAGGUUGGACAGAUUUUUAGUCAACGGGGCUUGUUUGGAUCUCUCUGACGCCAUUUCUGUGCUCCAUUUGACAAGACACCCUUCGGAUCAUGCUCCGUUGAAGAUUUCAUUUGCAACUAGGUUGGAUAAUAAGCCACGUCCUUUCCGUUUUUUGAAUGUUUGGACAUCCAAACCUGAACUCUUAGAGGUGAUUCGCCAAGCUUGGAAUCAAAAUGUUGAUGGAUCUCCACUGCGAAUUUUAUGCUCUAAAUUAUUGACAACGAGAAGGGCUAUUCAAUCAUGGAACAAGCAAUACUUUGGUAACAUCAUGGACACUGUGCAUUUUGCGGAAAUUGCGGUACAACGAGCAGAGGAGAUGGUAGAUCAAGAUGACUCAGACGAAUGCCAGAUUGAGUUAAAUAAGGCUCAAGCGGAUCUCCGUCAUGCACUAUCAAUUGAAGAGCAGUUUUGGAGGCAAAAGGCUAGAGUCAAAUGGCUUAAAGAGGGAGAUAGAAAUUCACGGUAUUUUCAUGCGGUGGUAAAGCAAAGACGUGUUCAAGGAAUGAUACAUUGCAUCAAAAAUUCCAAUGGAGUUUGGAUGGACAAGGAUGAGGACAUAGCAAGCGAAGCAAUAUCAUAUUUUAAUGAUCUUUUCACGGGUCCUUUGGAUUCAUUUUCGAAUAUGUUGCACCUAAUUCCGCGUAUGAUUUCUCCAUACGACAAUGGAAAGCUAGAGUCACUGCCUACGAUCGAGGAGGUAUAUCAAGUAGUAAAAUCAAUGGAUGAGGAAAGUGCUGCUGGCCCGGAUGGUUUCACAGGAAAAUUUUUUAUAUUUGCGUGGGAAGUGAUCAAACAAGAUAUUUAUAAUGCAAUACUCAGUUUUUUCUGUGGGGCGGAGUUACCUCGGUUUAUCACUUCUACCUCGAUCGUACUAAUUCCAAAAAUGACAAAUCCUCAGGAAUUUUCUCAUUUCAGACCAAUCAGUCUAUGUAACUUUUUCAAUAAGUUGCUUUCCCGGAUCUUGGCGGAUAGACUGGCUGGUAUAUUGCCAAAAAUAAUUUCCCCCCAGCAAACAGGCUUUGUGAAGGGUCGUAAUAUAACGGAAAAUUUUCUACUGGCUCAGGAAGUGGUUUCGGGUAUUGGAAAAAGGAAUAGAGGUGGUAAUGUGGCUAUGAAGCUAGAUAUGUCUAAGGCAUAUGACCGGGUCGCUUGGGGUCAUAUCAUCAAUGUCCUGAGAAGUUUUGGUUUUGGGGAAAUAUUUAUUGAUAUGGUAUGGCGCUUGCUUUCUAAUGUCUGGUUUUCAAUUAUUAUUAAUGGGUCUUCACAUGGUUUCUUUAAGUCCUUGAGAGGGCUUCGUCAGGGUGACCCAUUAUCACCUGCGCUUUUCAUUAUCGGAGCUGAAGUACUGUCUAGAGGAUUGAACAACCUUGCACUGCAAUCGGGCUUUCUGGGCUUCAAAGUUCCAUAUGGUUGUCCAGAUAUAACUCACUUGGCGUUUGCGGAUGAUAUUCUCAUAUUUGCAAACGGAUCCGCUUUGUCUCUAAGGGCGAUCAUGCAGGUGUUAGAGGCGUAUCAAAGAUGUUCGGGACAACUUAUUAAUGUGCAAAAAAGUUGUUACUUGGUCCAUCCAAUGAUGUCAAUGGCGAGACGAAGGGUGAUUCAUCGUAUCACAAAAUUUGCCUGCAAGCCUUUUCCAAUAUGUUAUUUAGGGUUUCCGCUCUACUUUGGAAGAAUUAAAUCAUCAUAUUUUGGAGGAGUGUGCCAGUCUAUUAUAGGGAGGAUUCAGUCAUGGAAAUCAAGGUUACUUUCCUUCGGAGGCAAGAUAGUUCUAAUCAAGCAUGUCUUGGAAUCAAUGCCAGUGCAUCUAAUGUCAGCAUCUGUGAUCCCGGGUAAGGUUUUUAAAAUUAUUGAAAAAACCUGCUCAUCCUUCCUGUGGGGAUCAUCACCCAACGAAUCAAAGUUUCACUGGAUAAGAUGGUCUCAACUAUGUUAUCCGGUUGAUGAGGGCGGAGUUGGUUUCCGGAGAUUACAGGAUGUAUACACAGCAUUUUCUUCCAAGCUAUGGUGGAAUUUCCGAACAAGAUCAUCGCUGUGGGAGACAUACAUGAAAGCAAAAUACUGCAGAGGUCUUCAUCCUUGUCAGGUAGAACUCAAAAAUAAGGAUUCCUCAAUAUGGCGGAGGAUGGUAAAUGUGAGCCGACAAGUGGAGCUUUCUAUGUUAUGGGUUGCAAAAGAGGGGGCAUGUCACUUUUGGUAUGAUAACUGGCUAGGAUGUGGUGCUUUGUUCUUACAAGUACCGGUUAACCUAGAGUUGUCAUUCCAUAAUUUCAUAAACAAUGGUCACUGGGAUGUGAACCUCUUAUGUCGCACAAUACCAAAGGAGUAUGUGUCCUACAUUUUACAACAACCCAUUCCGGAAGAUGGGAGUGAAGUGGAAGUCUUUUGGAUGCCUACAACAUCUGGAAAAUUUUCCUUACAUUCGGCUUUUCAAGAUAUUAGGCAGACCCGAAAUAAGUCGAUGGUUUUUGCAUCGAUUUGGCAUCCUCGUAUCCCUUUCAAAGUUUCAUUUUUCAUGUUCAGAUUGUUGCGAGGGAGGAUACCGAUACCAGAUAGGCUAUGUGAACUUGGUUUUCAUUUACCGUCCAAGUGUUUCUGUUGUCCUUCGGCAUCCGAGGAGCCUAUUGAGCAUUUAUUCUCCAACGGCCACACGGCGUCGGUAGUAUGGAGUUAUUUUGGAGGAUUAUGUGGAUUAAGCCCAGGAACUUCUUUGCGGUCUCGAUUAGUAGGAUGGUGGUUGAGGUCGUAUGAUUCUGAGUUACGGCGGAUUAUGGGCCGAAUUAUUCCUACUAUUAUUUGUUGGCAAAUUUGGAAGGCAAGAAACAAAGCAAUGUUCGAAGGUGCUCAAAUGCGACCAUCUGCAAUCUGCCAAGCAAUUUUCUUGGAAAUUAAGUCCAUGGUAGGGAUUCAUUUCAAACAAGCAUUCCGAUCCCAGUCUUUCCGACAAUUGUAUGAUUCGCCGAAUAUUAAUGUUGGAAGAAUUGCCUUCAAAGCUAUUCGCUGGGAGUCAAAGGAGCCAGGGCGGUUCAUACUAAAUACAGAUGGUUGUUCUAAGGGUAAUCCAGGACUGGGUGGAGGUGGUGGUGUUCUAAGGGAUUCAACGGGAUUACCACUCUUUGGUUUUUCGGCCUAUUUUGGACAAACUACAAGUCUCCAUGUAGAGGUUCGGGCACUUCUCAUUGGUCUUCAAACGUGUAUACAAAGGGGGUUUGGGAAUAUAUGUAUACAAUCGGACUCAUUGGCCUUAGUUCGAAUUAUUCAUCGUCAAAUUCAGUGUCCAUGGCAGAUUACAAGGGAGGUCAGGCAGAUUCGGCAUUUUUUGGAGUACCCGACUUGUUUAUCACAUUGUUAUCGGGAGGCUAACACAGUUGCUGAUGCGUUGUCCAAUGAGGGGGUAUCUCAUCCACAGCAACAUGUCAGGUUGUAUGACACCUUUUCUACAUUCCCAAGACUGGCCCGUGGGGCAAUACGUCUAGACAGAAUAGGAAUGCCUUCAUUUCGCAAAAUUAAACAUAUGUAG